AUGGACAUGCGCGCCCGCCUCUUCAAGGAGAAGCAGGGGCGCGAGCGCUCGCGCCCCCGCGGGCGGGAGGCCCCUCAGCUGGAGCUGCAGGGGCCCGAGGUCCGCGCCAGCGAGCUCGGCAGGCGGCUCGCGGCCUUCCAGGCGCGCGAUCAUGCCGCGGCCGUCGACGUCGACAUGGGCGCGCGCGCCCUCGGGGGCAAAGUCGAGGCGCUGCGGGCCUCGGCGGCUGAGGCGCGGAACUUGGCCGCUCAGGCCGAGGGGGCGGCGCGGGGCGCCCACGGGGGCGCGCCAGGGUUCAACACAGCGCGGCAGGUGUGCCAGGAUGAGGACAUUCAGUUCCGGGACCCCGUCUUCGUCGAGGACGUGUGUACCACCAUCAGUGACGGCGACGAGCCGAGCGAAUACAACUACGGGAACGCCAACGGCUCCGAGCGGGUGACGCUGCAGACCUACGUCGACAAUAUCAGCGAGGCCGACAAGGGGCAGGAGUUCACCAACGAGGCGGUCGACUUUGGGGUGUGGAUGGCAACUACCUACGAUGGCGACGGUGCCGUGCGCUUCGACGGCGUCGACGCGCGAAGCGGAGGUGCCCGCCGGCGGGAGUGGCUGGCGGCCGCCGGCGCGGCGGGCGUCGCCGGGCCGACGCCGGCGCGGGCGAGCGAGAUCAGCGUGUUCGGUGCAAAUUUGGAUUUGAGCUUCCUCGACCCGAAAGCGCCGGAGGACUACAACAAGCCCCCGGCUGAUGCCGAGGUGUUUCCCAGCGGCCUCGUGUCGAAGAUCCUGCUGAGACCGCAGUGCGCCCUCUCCAAGUUCACACCGCCCGAAAAGCUCGCCAAGUGCCCCAAGGCGAAGCCGUACGACAAGGUGCUCAUCGACUACUCUGGCUGGAAGCAGGCGGACGGUAGGAUGUUCGACUCCAGCCGCAAUGAGAAGAAGUCCGUCCGGGUAAACUCAGUCAUGCCAGCCUGGACCGAGGUCCUCCCGCUCAUGUCCCCUGGCGAGUCGCGCCGCGUCUGGGUGCCCGCGAAGCUGGCCUACGGCGACACGCCGCCGCCGAACAAGCCCGCGGGCGACCUGGUCUUCGACAUCGAGCUCUACUCGAUCGACCGGCAGGAGAAGCCGCCCGACAACCUGGAGGGCCCUCCCCCCGACGCAAAGUUUACGGAUUCUGGCCUCGGCUACAAGGUGCUGCAGGCGGGCGCGGGCGCCCCGCCCACGCUGGAGUCGAACAUCACCGCCGUGUACUCUGGGUAUCCGCAAAACGAGCGGUGCUCCGUUCAUGCUGACCUCCCAGGGGGCCCCGAAAACCUUCAAGGUCAGUGAGAUCCCGAUCAAGGGUCUGCUGGAGGGCGUGCAGACGAUGGUUCCAGGGGAGAAGAGGCAGUUCUGGAUCCCGCCGCAGCUCGCUUUUGGCGAGAAGGCCGCUGGCGGCCUGCCGAGGGGCAUGCUGGUCUUCGAGUUCGAGCUGACGGGCGUCCAGUAGCAAGUGGUCGUCGUGCGCUCGGGGCCCUGGCCUCUUCCACGGGGUGCUCCUCACGCCCUCUGCCGCGCAGUCGCGGGAGAGGGCGCUCUGACGCAGACCGUGUGUACAGGAAUUGUGCGUCGCCAGUGCAAUCAACGCGCCCAGUGAGGACGCGCGCCUUCAUCUCAUGAGGGUGCCCUUGUGUUCUCGCCUCUGCGGCCCGUCCCUUGCCGUUUUCACUGGUCGCCCGCCGCCCAAAAGUCCCAGCUUCGGCCUCCGAGGGUCUUGCGUCCUUACCACCCGUCCUUAUCACACGCUUUGAUUGUAGCUUCGCCAGGACAUGCGAUUCUCGAUCUUCAGUCUGCGCACGCCUUGCCGGGAGCCAAGUUUUCUGCGGGCUGCUACCCUGCCUCGCAGGCGCCUCGCAUUCUGGUCGGUCUCCAGGCUCGGGCCUCCUGCCGUCCUCUUGGUACUCCAGCGCGGCAUUUUUCAAACACGCGCGCCCAUCGGUUCUCCGCGCGAGCGGAACAACGUUCUCAUUCUGGUGGAAUGACGACGAUACGCCCACGAUGGAUCAUCUGGUGUGGUUGAGGGAAUGGCUAACAACCUCCGGGGCGCCGAUGCCACAGGAUCAUUCGACAAUUGCCGCAGCUUGCUAAAGCCUAAGCGCAAAACGUCGAUGUAAUACAGUUGUUCAGGCUUCUAUACAGUGUGCAUUUGAGCGUCAGCGUCAUCGUUGGGAUCCACCAGUACGGCUUACAUGCUUGCAGGUCACAUGGCAAGGCUAGGUGCACGUACACGUCUAGCGUCAACAGAUGCAGCCCUCGCAGUUGCAGGUUAAAGUGAGGGGCUGCGGGUUGUGGUCAACGCUGGCCAGGGUAUAAUCCGCAUGCUGUGUGUUUAUUGUUUGGCAUAGUUCGUGCGAGC